CAACUGUCAUGUCGGUGAUUCAUAUGCAUGUGCAUAUCUACUGUUUGUGCGUAUUAGCCCCUUGUUAUCAUUAUUGGGGCUCUAAUUUGUUGCUGUUUUUUAUGUUUGAUUUAAAAUUCUGCCUAGAAUUUAAAAAAUUGAGUUUGGAGUAUGUGUACUUUGAUCCAAUAGUGAUGUUUUCUUUCUGAGGGAGUGUAAUUCAGUGCAAUAGUGAUGUUUUCUUUUGGGUAUGUCUAUUUUGGUCAAAUUUUCAGUUUUUAUGGUGCCAGUGGGUGCUGUUUCAUUGGUUUGAAUUUGAACUUUGUGUGCAGUUAUUUUUUCGUGGCUCUGAGCUGCGUCAACUAGGUGAUUUGUGGAACACGGGUCAUUGAGUUGGUACCCUUGAAUCGUUGUGAGUGACGAGAAUGGCCAGAGGAAGAGCAGAUGGGAAACCGAGAAAGCGGUUGGUCGCAACUGUGUUAGUUUUAGUGAUUGUUGGUGCUUUAUUUUAUCUGAAUUCUAGGGAAAGUGGUUCAUCUUCUAUUGAGCAUGGUAGCAAAUCUUUACAAUUUGGAGAUGAGAGUGCUAUACCGAAGACCAUUCCAGUCUGUGAUGAUCGUCACUCGGAGCUAAUUCCAUGUCUAGACAGAAAUUUCAUAUACCAGACAAGAUUGAAGCUUGAUCUGACUUUGAUGGAGCACUAUGAGCGACACUGCCCAAUGCCCGAGAGGCGUUACAAUUGUUUGAUUCCCCCUCCUCCAGGGUACAAGAUUCCAAUCAAGUGGCCCAAAAGCAGAGAUCAGGUAUGGAGGGCAAAUAUACCUCAUACCCAUCUUGCAACUGAGAAAUCUGACCAGAGAUGGAUGGUUGUAAAAGGUGAAAAGAUAGUUUUUCCUGGUGGAGGAACCCACUUUCACUACGGUGCUGACAAAUAUAUUGCAUCAGUUGCCAAUAUGCUCAACUUUCCAGACAAUAAUAUAAACAAUGGAGGGAGACUUCGCAAUGUUUUUGAUGUUGGCUGUGGUGUCGCAAGCUUUGGAGGAUAUCUUCUUUCUUCUAAUGUAAUAGCAAUGUCACUAGCACCAAAUGAUGUUCAUGAAAACCAAAUACAGUUUGCUUUAGAAAGAGGAAUUCCAGCAUAUCUUGGUGUCUUGGGGACACUAAGACUCCCUUACCCUAGUAGAUCUUUUGAACUUGCUCAUUGUUCUCGUUGUAGAAUUGAUUGGCUUCAAAGAGAUGGCAUACUUCUUCUUGAGCUAGAUAGGAUACUCAGGCCAGGAGGCUACUUUGCCUACUCAUCUCCUGAAGCUUAUGCUCAGGAUGAAGAGGAUCGCAGAAUAUGGAGAGAAAUGAAUGCUCUUGUAGAACGGAUGUGUUGGAAAAUAGCUGCUAAAAAGAACCAGACUGUCAUAUGGGUCAAGCCUCUUACAAAUGACUGUUACCUUAAAAGAGAGCCUGAUACUCAGCCUCCGCUUUGCAGCCCCGAUGAUGAUCCUGAUGCUGUUUGGAAAGUUAAAAUGCAAGCUUGCAUCACACGUUACUCUGAUCAGAUGCACAGGAUAAAAGGAAGUGGUUUGGCUCCUUGGCCAGCUCGAUUGACUACUCCACCUCCUCGUCUUGCUGACUUUAACUAUUCUACUGCAAUGUUUGAAACAGACAUGGAAUAUUGGCAAAAAGAAGUUGCUAAUUACUGGAACAUGCUAGGGAAUAAAAUUAAGCCCGACACAAUUCGGAAUGUGAUGGACAUGAAGGCAAAUUUGGGUUCAUUUGCAGCUGCUUUGAAGGACAAAGAUGUUUGGGUUAUGAAUGUGGUGCCAGAAAAUGGACCAAACACUCUCAAGAUCAUCUAUGACAGAGGGCUAUUAGGAACAGUUCAUAACUGGUGUGAAGCAUUUUCAACCUACCCACGAACUUAUGACUUGCUCCAUGCGUGGACUAUAUUUUCUGAUAUCAUUGAGAGAGAAUGCAGUCCAGAGGAUUUAUUGAUUGAGAUGGACAGAAUCCUGAGGCCAAAAGGCUUCAUCAUUGUCCAUGAUAAGCGAUCAGUGGUGUUGUCUAUAAAGAAGUUCUUGCCAGCACUGCACUGGGUUCAAGUGGCCAUAUCUAAUGUAGACCAAGAUUCAGAUCGAGGCAAUGAUGAUGAUAAUACAGUGUUGAUAAUUCAGAAAAAGAUUUGGCUGACAAGUGAGAGCAUCCGGGUCUCAGAAUAAUGACAUUCUUUAUAUUCACUUGCAAGUAUAAAAUCUCAGCAUACACCGUUGUGGAACAUUGAUCUUAUAGCUCUUAUCAGUUGCUGUCGGUGCUCUUUUACAUGUUAUUCAUCAUAUUCUCUACACUAUAGGUAGAAGUGACAGUGGAAGAUCAUCCCAAAUCAUAAAUCAUCUUAGUUGAAUUUAUUUAAUUUUGGACACAGUUACCCUGUUAUUGUGGUUAAGAUAAUUAGAUGAAUUUGAGGAAAUGUUUUGUUUUUUAAAUUAAUUUGAACAUAUUAUAGGAUA